GGCUCGGAUUUGGUUUCUGGUCUCAGUUGCGUUGUGGGUGAUCCACUCGUUCUUCCCUCCACGCGCCAAAACCCCAGCCACGGCCAUCUCCUCCUCCACUCCUCCCGUUCGUCCACAUCCAAAAGCUUCCCAGGAGAAAAAAAGAACAGUUAUUUGCAGCGGGAACCCUAACAAAUCACUCGCUACAAGCGAGCGAGGGAGAGAUGUCUCUCCAGUACGUGGCGCCCCCGGUCCGAGCACUCGCCGUGCUACCGGCGCCAGGCCCCCCUCGCCGCCGGACAAGCCAUGUGUCCCUAUACCUUCCGAGCCGGCGGCCAGGGCUCGCCGUCGCCCCGGUCCGUGCGGCGGAGUCGUCCUCUCCGCCCACCGUGCCCGCCUCCGCGGCCGGCAAGGCUGUCGUCCCGGACGACGAGUUCUCCCUCGCCAAGGUCUCUUUCGGUGUGAUCGGGCUGGGGCUUGGGCUCUCGCUCCUGUCGUACGGAUUCGGAUCGUAUUUCAACCUGCUUCCUGGUUCGGAAUGGUCAGCUUUGCUGCUAACCUACGGGUUUCCUCUCACAAUCAUCGGCAUGGCCUUAAAGUAUGCAGAACUGAAACCAGUACCCUGCAUAACCUACGCUGAUGCCUUUGCUCUAAGAGAAAAGUGUGCUACCCCUAUUCUGAAGCAGGUCAGGAGUGAUGUUACACGUUUUAGAUAUGGUGAUGAACAACACUUGGAUGAAGCACUGCAGAGAAUCUUUCAAUAUGGUUUGGGUGGGGGCAUUCCUAGACGUAAUGCACCUAUAUUACAAAAGAUUCGAGAGGAAGUAACUGACGAUGGGAAAUACAGUUUAGUACUCGUAUUUGAAGCCAAAGCAUUGGAGCUAUCUGAUUUUGAGAAGAGACAGACAAUGUCAUGGCCGAUACCUGAGCAUGACCAUGGCGAAGGAGACAAGAUGCUGGCCGCUGGUGUGGCUGCUGAGUAGUGGUUUUUUUUAAUUGUGUCGGCGUUCGUGUGUGGGCCGUGGAAGCGUGUGUGCUUGGGCUGUUGAGGUGGGCUUGCUCAGUUUGGUGCCUUUAUAGUCUGGUGUGUUGUAUCAGAGAAGAUUAUCGAAUAGCAAAAUACAGUUUCCUGUCACAACUCACCUCGCUGUUUUGUUUACCGGCGAUUUCUCGGCGAAGCCCUGCACGCACUCACGUGGGCGACGCCGUGCCGGUGAAGGGUCGUGACAAGUGGUAUCAAAGCCAUUCUGUCCGCGGGAUUGGGUGGUGGUUCGAUUCAGCCGGAUUUUAUGGAGACAUCGCAGCAGCAUGGUGGUGUCUCGUCGGCGGCAACGAUCGCGAGGUUGACAGAGAUGAGGAUGUCGGGGACACUAGAGUGGUUUAAUGCCACCACAGGUCCAGUUUCAUCACUUCGACCAGCUGCAGCGGAUACGUGCAUUUCCUGCAGCCUUCUCUCAAGUCCCACGGGCUCACAGGUGACCACAACCUCAAGGUUGGCGACUCUGUCGAGUUCAAGAUCAUGGAGGAUAGAUAUGGUUGCCUCAAGGCCUUUGACAUCACAGUACCGAGGGAUGGCGUGUUCUCUGGUGGUUUUGACGACUGUCAGUUGGAACAACAACAUGGAUUGUGUUGUUGACAGGAGCAACGAUGGCCAUGGAUGUCACAGUUGCAGCAACGAAGAUGUUGCUCUUCCAGUGAUGCUUGGAGGUAUGUCCCUGCCGGUGUUUGGUGAAAUGUCUCACCACUGCAGUGAGGAGGUUAGUGCUCUUCCGAUGUUCUCUGAAGGUACUGCUUAUUCAAUGAUCGAUGAAAUGUCACUGGGAAAUGUGAUUUGGGAUGAGCAAUCUGGGCAUGAUGAUGUGGUGGUUCUUGGAGGUGAGGAAGCCCCAGAAGAAUCAACUGAGAAGGAUGAUGGUGUUGAAGAAAAGG